UAUAUAAAUGAAGUAGGCUGCGAACGUCCCCCUUUUAUAACCUCAAAAAUGCGCGAGAAGUACCAAGUCUGAUGGUGUAGGAAGCUAAUUUAAUAUUUUAAUUGGUGAUAAAGUGCACAGUAUUCCGCCAUGCCGUCAAAAAAGAGAAAAUACAACGCCAGAUUCCCAGCGGGGCGAAUCAAGAAGAUCAUGCAGACUGACGAGGAAGUGGGGAAAGUGGCGCAGGCGGUGCCUAUCAUAAUUUCGCGAACCCUGGAGCUCUUCGUGGAGUCGCUCCUCAGCAAGGCGAUGCAAGUCACGAUGGCGCGCAACGCCAAGACGCUCAGCCCGAGCCACGUCAAGCAGUGCAUCCUGGGCGAGUCGCGGUUCGACUUCCUGAGGGAUCUGGUUAAGAACAUCCCCGAUGUGUCAGUGGCUGAAGAGAAAGAAAUGAUGAGUGCAGAAAGCUCACCCAAUUCUUCAAGAUUUUCAGACGCAUCAGUGCCACCCCGCAGGGUAGUGAGAGAAGACUCAAACAGUUCCAGCAGCUGUGAUACCAGGGUGCCGCCCCCUCUCGUGCCCCCCCCAAACCCCCUCCGACGGGGCUUGUCUUCAGAAACCGAACUACCUCACAGAACGCACCGGACCGAGACCGUUACUUCAACCAUAGUCUCCUCUGACACCGCCAUAGACCUAACCAAACGACACGUCGAGGAAAAACCGGUCAGAACGGCCAACUUCUACCAAGAAACCUUCUUAACAGACGAUGCUACGCACAGAACGGUCAUUACCGUUAACCCCACGUAUGCUAGCCCUCAACCUUCAACCAGCUACACUGAUAUGACCCCUGUGGAGCCUUUACAUAGACUAGAAAUUCCAGUGCCAAAACCGUCGACGGAAUUCGUCGACGUGACUCCCACUCCACCCCCUAGGACGCCGUCGACGCCUAUCCUAAAUAUAGACUUCUCGAAAAAUCUCACCAAACCAGAGAUACGCGUUUUAGACACGGCGAUCGCUGGCAUCGUGACCGUUCCGCCGAAGAACGCUCCAAAGUUACAGAGGCAGAACUCGAAACCUCAUAAGCCUGAAAGUAAGAAAAUCGACGUCAAACCUGUCAGUCAGCCGGUUGACAUAGACCAUUUAAAUUCUGGUAACCUACAAAUAGAUGAGGAUUACGAUACCUGAGCAUUUUAGGGUUAUUGUUUUGUUUCUAUUAUUUAAUACACGGCAGUUGUUAUUCAACUUUAAUGUACAUAACGUGUGUUUGUUGGAAAUUGUUUAUGUAAGUACCAUCAUUAUUAAAUUAACUGUCUUUAAUUUUCAUGCAUUCACAAAAAUUUUGAGAUUAAUCAUAUUUCGGUAAGCUGUUUAUAAAUUCGAUUAAAAUAAGCCAAAUCAUGUUGAUGAUAUCGACGAAUUAUAACUUUGUAUAGCGAACUAAUUAGAAUAAAAGUAAAGACCAGACACAAUUACUACUGCAGUGUGGUGGUUGGAAUGAAGAAAUUAUUCAUACCACAGAAAGGAAUGACAGUAUUAACGACGUCAUUAUUAAAACCCGAUCGGCUACCUGCGCACCUCUUUGGUAUGCGACUUUCCCCCUCACUUACCCGCACACCUCGUCGAUGUGACGUCACGGCCACCAGGUGUGCAGUUAACCCGACCGGGUUGUACGGGGCUUAAGCCUUGAUCACACGUACCGAGCAAACGGGCGAGACAGUGCUCUCGUCCGAGUACUCGGUGUGUAUGAACAUUUCGCCGAGUGCUCGGCCGAGCGCUCGAGUAUGUGACUCGCUCACCCAACUGUCUCGACCGAGUAAACAUUUUACUGUCUCGCCCGUGUACUCGGUACGUGUGAUCAAGGCUUUAGUGUGAGUUUAUAUCAAAUGUAUUCGAUAUUGACUGCGUAAAUAAGUGUCAUUUAAAUGUAUGACGGAUUGUACAGCGUCCCUAGUGGAUACUUUCAAGAACUAAAAUCUUCAUAGAUUUUUUUGACGCAUUCGAUAUCGAAUACGUUUGAUGUAAACUCACACUUAGCCCCCUGAUAGUGUCCAAAAGCCUUUAGGAAACAUGUUAACACAAAUGUCGUCUGAAUGAAUAGCUUGUAUAAUACUAUAGAAGUCUUGUAUAGAUCGUGCCAUCCACUCGGACGCGCCCCACCAAUAUUUGGUCUCGGUCGCGCGGGGUGCGGGGAGUUUGAUCCGAGCGGCAUUAUAGACAUGUUGACACCACAGUCAAUUGACGUACUUUUUAAAACUGUCAAAACGAAACUCUCCCAUAGAUUUUGUAUGGCACUACAAGCAAGUGACGUCACUAUUUUGUCAACUCAAUUAAACUACUUUUUUCAAUUACAAUGCGACCAAAAAUCGUAAUUUACAGGUAAUUUAAAAUAAAUUAAGUUUUUAAGACCAGAAUUAAGGGUCUUUUUAAAACAGUUGUGGUUUCGAAUUAUUGGGGUUUGGUGUCAAACUGUCUAUUGUAGUGUGCGUGUGCACUCAUGGAUGAUUUAGUUAGCGUGUACCGAUAACACUCAAACAUUAGCGGAAGAAUGGUGGGGCGCGUCUUCGUGGAUGAAACGCUCUAUAGUGUAAAAGUCUUAUGUUUAGUUGAAUAACAGCUGUCGUGGUGUUGUUUACCAGCUAGGUAUAUUGGUUAAUUAGUUAUGUCGUAAUUUGUUUUUGUACCGUGAAGUUUAAUUGUGUGUGAGUUUUUUUUUUGUUUUUGUUUAUGCACUAAAUUGGUGUUUAAUUUAAGGAUUCGUGUGACUAAAAUAACUUCAGAUCUUUGUUUGUUACAGUCUCAUAAUACAGAUUAACGCCCGUAUUCACAAACAUUACUAUGAGGUCUCACAGUGCGCGUGGACGCACAGGGUGACACAUGAACCAAUCACAGAGCUCUAUUCAACGCUGUGCGUUCGAUUUUCUGCUUCACUUAAGCAAGCAUUGUUUGUGAAUACGGGCGGAAGUAACUUUUAACAUGCUGAAUUGAACUUUAAAGUUAGAAAAUAAGACGCCUUUUUGAAAUCUCAAACGACAUCCUAACUUCAAAUAAAUAUCUGAAGUUAUUUUGGUCACAUAUUAAAUUAGUAUUUUUAUAAAAAGUAUGACAGUCUGUCAGUUAAUGUUGCGUAAAAUAUAACUUAGAUCCAUUAAAAUA